UGAGUAACAUUUGUUAUUAAAUUUAGAUAAAAAAAAAAUCUAAUACCAUAUAACUAAAGAUCACAAAAAGUAUAUAUAUAUCGAUAAAACAAAAUAAUCUUUGUUAACAGCGCAAAUCAAAGUAUGCACCUGUGCACUUGUAAUGACCAUGAUAAUUUCAAAUUUCUAUGUUGCUUAAAAGUACAGUUUUGCAUUUCAUUUAAUACGGAUAUUCAUUAAUUGAGAGAAGUAUUAAGGUAGUUAUAUCAGUAAUAAUAAUUCAUUCUUCUUGUUUAAACAGGUGAUUUUUAACAGCGAAAUCCAUUGAGUUUUGACAUUUGAUCUAAACAAACACAUUUUUGUAACUUUCGUUAAGGAAAUUUAAAACAUGUUUUGUUUCCCUAAACUUGAGUUUUAAAAUAGAGACUGCCUUUUUAUUGUUACAAAAAUUUCGAUGUUAUUUAGAAAAAAAGUAGCUUUAAGUUUAGACAUUAAAUUAUUUCUACCUGAAUUAUACAUUGCAUUCAUUUAAUAAUAAUGAACUAAUUUAAUCUUAUUCUUACUUUUAUUGCUAUGUUUUACCAUGUCUAUGCAUUUUUUAUCUGAUUGUCAAGUAGAACUUCUGUAUAAUUUCUGUAUAAUUAUCGUCUGCUUCUGCGUACUUCUUGGAAGGCCCUUACCAAGGGGUCACGUGACACUGCAGGCGUAGCCAUAUUGCUAUAUAUCGGUAUGGUGUCAAUUUUUUUUACUCUCCAAGGCAAACUUUACUCAGAUGGAUAUUGUGUGUAAUUACAGCCACCCCAUUGAUAAGAUGAUAAGACACAGCAUUUAAGACAAAUGUUUACAAAAUGUUAACCCUGAUUGUAUUGUAUGAAGGUAAGCAACUGAGAAGGAAAACAUGAGACACAUUAUCUUAGAUUUGCUUCCCUUAUAUCAAUUGCCGGUGUGUGUUACAUUGACUAAGUAUCAUAGUAAUAAAAGCUGUUUGAAACCUUAACCUAAUGUUAACACAAGGGCAGACUACUGUUAACACAAGGGCAGACUACUGUUAACACACAGGCAGGCAUAAGACUACUGUUUACACAAGGGCAGACUACUGUUAACACACAGGCAGACUACUGUUAACACACAGGCAGACCUUAGACCACUGUUUACACAAGGGCAGACUACUGUUAACACAAGGGCAGACUACUAUGAACACACAGGCAGACCUUAGACCACUGUUUACACAAGGGCAGACUACUGUUAGCACAAGGGCAGACUACUGUUAACACAAGGGCAGACUUGUUACCUCAUGCCCUCUUAGUUGGUGUUGGUUUGCUGGCUGUUGGUUAUAUGAUCUGGGCGUUGGUUGUCAGCCUUCGUUACGGUUGCCAGGAUGUGAAACCUCUCAUUGGUCUAGCAGUUAUCAUAGCAACUUGCCUGUCUAUCUGGUUCUUACGGACACGGUUUGCUGAUCAGCUCACAAAGAUAACGGAGGCACUUGGGCAUGGAGUGACACCGAGAGGCAGGAAACUCCUAAAAAUUGGUGUCUGUGUGUGUGCUGUGGGUGGUAUUCUCACUGUUCUGGUGAUUACACUAGUCCGUCGCCCCGGUAACGCGGUUGCCCUUGUCGGCAUCCUGUUCUUCAUUAGUGUACUAUGGAUCCUCUCAGCUCACCCUGGCAAGGUGCGUUGGCGCCCAGUUCUGGGUGGGUUUUGCCUACAGUUCUAUUUUGCGGUGGUGAUCCUGCGCUGGCCCGCAGGUUACUCCGGCUUCCAGUGGAUGGGGCAGCGCGUGCAGCAGUUCCUCAGCUUCACAGAUGAGGGGUCCAAGUUUGUGUUUGGUGACAAGUUCACUGACCACCUCUUUGCAUUCAAGAUACUGCCCGUGAUUGUGUUCUUCAGUUGUGCGAUCAACGUGUUGUAUUACGUGGGUGCGAUGCAGGUUGUGAUAAGCAAGCUUGGCUGGCUGUUACAUAGCGUCCUAGGCACCACCGCUCCCGAGUCCCUGUGUGCUGCCGCCAACAUCUUCAUUGGACAGUCUGAGGCGCCAAUCAUGAUCCGACCAUUCAUGCCUAAGAUGACAAACUCAGAACUGAAUGCCGUCAUGACAGGAGGGUUCGCCACCAUUGCCGGGGGUGUAAUGGCCGCCUACAUCUCAUUUGGGGUUGCGCCGGAGCACCUGCUGUGUGCGUCGGUGAUGAACGCUCCAUGUGCCCUCGCUAUUGCCAAACUGCUCUAUCCCGAGACUGAAACCAGCAACAUACGCAAAAUGUCUGAUGUCGACUUUGGAGAAAGGAAUGAGCGUAACAUACUGGAGGCUGCUGCAGCGGGAGCAUCAGCAUCCAUCAAACUGGUGGCAAACAUCGCAGCAAACCUGAUUGCCUUUCUGGCCAUGCUGGCCUUCGUGAAUGCUGUCCUGUCAUGGCUCGGGGGAUACCUGUGUCAGCCAGAACUCUCAUUCCAGAUGAUUUUGUCCUAUGCAUUUAUGCCUGUGGCUUACCUGAUGGGCGUGCCAUGGUCCGACGCUGGUGUGGUAGGCGAGCUGGUCGGCAUCAAGACCUUCCUUAAUGAGUUUCUCGCCUACAAGGAGCUCUCCAAAUACAUGGACAACCGCUCUAACUGUGUCGGACAUAUCAUUUCAAUUCGCUCCCAGAUCAUCGCCACCUAUGCCUUGUGUGGAUUUGCCAACAUCAGUGCUAUAGGAAUCCAGCUAGGGGCCCUUGGACCAAUGGCCCCUCAUCGUCGUGGUGACCUGGCUGGGACCGUAGUCAGGUCGUUGCUAGGGGGCGUGGUCACAGGACUCAUGACAGCCUCUAUAGCAGGUCUUUUAUUGGUGGACGACCCAACAGACUUGUGUAUGAACUCAGCCGCAGCUAACGUUACCAUGGCAACAACCCUGAACCCCAAUGUUACCUUAGUUAGCAGUGUUUUAGAAGGGUUCAAUGGCACCUAUUCCAUACAUACAACUAGUGCUUUAUGAUGAUAGCUUAAACUUAGUUUUUGAAGAACACUGCCAACUUAAUUUAUAAUGUCUCAGAUCUCAGAUUUUAUAGUUUUAUUUAUUUCAUUUUAAUUCAUUCUAUAGCUUAUAAUUAGUUUUGUAAGAUCAUUUCAGAAACACCUUUUUUUUUAAACGACAUCUUGGAUCAAAGAUUUUAUGUUUUUGCUUAUAUUUAUAAUUCAUUUUGUAUCGUUCCCAUGCAUUAACAUUAAUUUUAUAAGCAAAUGUAGUGACCGCCAUAAUCAUCUAGGGUUUUUAAUUUACACUUAAUUAGUUGUCAAUGUUUGUUUUGGGGAUCCAGAUUAUUGUCUCUUGGGCAAGUUUAUGUAAUAAACACAUUAUGUGGUAUUUCUGUAUGGCUGCUUUUGUUUAACCAAGGCCGUUGUCAGUGGUUAUAUUCAUAUUCGACUUAAUGUACAUAGUGCUUGCUUUUUUCUAACAGAAGUAAUUGUUUUACAUGCAGUUGCCUUAACACAUUCUUAUAUGGUUUUGUAUUUGUUUUCUUACAUUUGUACCACGACUUUGUAUUUGUUUUUUAAUUAGUUAAACAAUUGACUGUGUUUGCCAUUUCAUUUGGAUUGACCUUUUACUACUAACAGUAUAUUUACAACAAUGUAUUUCAACUUUGUGUUCAUUUGGAUUGACAUUUUACUACAAACAGUAUAUUUACAACAAUGUAUUUAAAUAUGUUCAUCUAUAUGGUUAGGUAUUUGUCCUUAUAGACACAAAUAACCUAAUAAAUACACAGAAAGUUUGUAUCUUGUCUGAUCCUGGGAUGGGAUCUAUAAUGAUUUAGUGGACUCUGCAGCUUUUUCUGGUGCAAAAUUUGUCUUGGCCACUCUUUUGUCUCCAGCACAUCAAAAUAUACAUGAUGAUGUUUUGUAUUAUUUUUAGUUCUAUGAAGUAGACAAAUUUAUAAACGUUCAAUAGUUUAUUUUGAGUAAUAAUUUUAAACCUAUAAAACAACAACAUUGUUUACUAACAUGACGGCAUUUUUCCAGUGUUCAUGUUCAUUUUUUGCAAUACUUCAAAAAUAGUUAAUACAGUCUUAUGCAUAUUUUUGCUGUAUAAAUAUGUACUCAGAGGAGUUCUAUAGCAAUACUGACAAUUGUACUAAACACUGCCUCAGCUUUUGUGAGAUAUAAGCAACAAUGCUGACAAUUGUUCUAUGCACUGCCAGAUUUAGUAGACUUUUGCCAGAUUUAGUAGACUUUGCUUUUUCUAUUUAUGGAAAUUGAAUAUAAAAUAAUGUCUUCUCUUAUUAAGAUGCUUCAGUAAAAUAAAUCUAUAAAAUGUGCAGAAAACUUGUUAUCCAUGGACUUCACAUCACCAGGAAAUGUAGGGCAUGGUUCCCCUUCCCGGAGUUAAGGCUAACAUUGGCUCACAUUAUCAAACUGUUUUAUUUUGUAUCCCUGUUGCAUUGCAGUGUGUACACUUCAACAGUGCAUGUAUACCAUGUGAUAAAUUACGUCAAAUGAAGACUUAACAAAGAUAGCUUCUUUUCCUUCACCAUUUUAAAUGCUGCAGUCUAUGCUGCUUAUAAGAACUCAGCCUUCGUUUUAUUACAGUAGUUUGAUUAGGUGAUUAGUUUCCUCAAACCCUUUGACAAAUUUGUUUCCAAAAUAUUAUUUUGACAGUGCACCACUAUGCGGCAGUUAUGUGAAAAGGUUUGUUGAAGUGUUUUAAGAAACUAAACUCUAAAUCAAACUUUGGUAAAUGGCGGGUCUCUGUAAGUGACGUAGACUGAACUAUGUUUCAUUUAAAAUGGUGCAGAUAUGGUGGUGUUAUCUUUGUUUAAAGUCUUCAUU